AUGAACGAAAAAGCACCUUCAACGACGCGUAUCGUUGAAGACUAUAUAAAUACUCAUCUCGGACUACGCAAAACCGAGAACAAAUUUGCUUUGAUCGUAACGAGUCCAUUGGUCGUCCCGGAAGACAAACUUGAAGCUCUCUUUCUUCAGCUCAUGAUGAAGACCACCAAUCUUGAUCCGACAUAG